ACUGAAGCUUGUUGAUAUGGGACAUGGAGAAGAAGUUGCCGAACAAUUGAAUCCGGCUUCACCAAUGGAUAGUCUUCCUGAUGAUCUUCUUGUCCAAAUCUUAUCCUUCCUUCCGACAAAACAAGCUGUUUCAACCUCUGUUCUUGCAAAGAGGUGGAGGGUUCUGUUUGCUUCCACUCAUAAUUUUUCCUUCGAGAGUUACUUCUUUUGUCACCCGAGAAAUAAUAAGCGAUAUAAAUAUGAGACUAGCGAAGUUAUGCGAAAGAGAUUCAAUGAUUUUGUGGACAAAACAUUGUCUUUUCAAAUCCAAGGAGGUAAGAAUUUAAAAAAGUUCUCACUUGAACUUUGUAAAUAUUAUAAAGUUGAUGAAGGUGACAUUGACCGCUGGAUAUGUUAUGCCCUCGAACACAGUGUCUCUGAGCUUCAUCUAUGCACAUAUUUAUUCUGGAGUAUUUCUAUCCCAUCCAAAGUCUUCACCAGCACAACACUGGUUAAGAUGUCAUUGAGAUUUUUAAAUUUCCCAAGAGUUCCUCCAGAUACAUAUCUCCCAGCACUAAAGGUUCUCAUCUUUGAUUCAAUGUGUUUUGAGGACAGUGAAUUUUCUGAUGUGUUUCUACCUGCUUGCCCUGCCCUUGAAGACUUAACCAUACAAGGUUACACGUCUAGUCGAAAAUUCCCAUUCGUCAUAUCCAACAAAACCAUUAAGAAACUCUCAGUUUCUUAUUCAUGUGAUGAUGAUGAUGAUGAUGAUGAUUCUAUAAAAAUUUUAUUUGACACACCUAAUGUGGUUGACUUCUACUACUUAGGUUAUCUUGGUGCUAAAUCUCCAUCUCCACAAUGUCGCAUGGAUUCACUUGCCAAGGCGAAAUUGAACCUUUGUUUCCUAGAAGAUUACAAGGGUGAGGUGGUAAAUGGUGCGAAUAUGCAAAGUGGCACGGAUGUGACAGAUCUCAUUAGUGGAAUACGCAAUGUAAAGACCUUUCACUUGACUUCUUCUGCUGUCAAGGUGAUUUUGACAUGCUGCAAAGGUGGAUUACCGGUAUUCAACAACCUCGUUGAUUAAGAUUUUUCGAGUAAAAAACAAGGUUGGAAAUCGCUUUUUCCACGUCUGUUGCGUCGUUCUCCAAACCUUAAAACUCUAGUUCUUUCGGGUCUGGAUUGCUUCCCAUGUAAACGGCAUCGGUUUACUUGGAUUCCCCGAAAUAACCAAAUAAAUAUGUUGCGUAUUAUCAAGUAUCAAGGAUAUAAAAGCGAGCUGAAACACAUUAGACAUUUCUUACUUAAAAUGGAGUGUCUAGAAGUGCUACAAGUUUAUGUUGCAGCUUCAGUGAAUGGCCUCAAAAAGAAGCAACUCAAAGAGGAUCUGUUGAACCUUCCCGCAGCUUCGUCCAACCUCAAGAUACAAGUCAUGUGAUCAUCAUCAUCAUCUUAAUCAUACGUUACUGUUUGUCUAAUUGUCUUCAGUAAUUAAUUAGCAAAAUUUUUUUAGUGAUUUAUAAUUAGGGGACUAUGGUGUGAAUCAUAAAAAGAGACAAAAGCAACU